AUGGCGGCGUGUGGGGCGGGCGGGGGUCCCGGCCGGGCGGGGGUCGGGGCGGGCCCGGCUCCGGGACGGGGAUCGGGGCGAGCGGGGGUCGGGACGGUCGUGGCGGCCGCGCUGGCGGUGCUCGGCUCGCUGCAGGUGGCCCGCGGCGCCGGGAGCCCCCCCAGCGAGCCUCCGCUGCAGCCGUACCCCCCCUGGCAGCACGGCCCUCGGCACAGCCACCGGCACGUCAGGGACUGCCAGCCCCUCAAGUACGGCAACGUCACGCACGAAGCGUGGCCCGGCGACAACAGCACGGCCGGCCCGGUGGCUGUCACCAGAACGUUUGUCUCGUACAUCCCCCCGGAGGGCAGCGACCGCAAGGUGAUCUAUGGCCACUUCACUUUCGUGAGGAACCCCCUGAGGACCUUCUCCGUGCUGGAGCCGGGCGGUGCCGGCGGCUGCCUGGCUCAGCGCAGAGCCCCCGUGGAGGAGACUGCAAAGCUCAGGAAGUGUCUGGUGGCCCAGAACGGCGGGUACUUUAACAUGGAAACUGGAGAGUGCCUUGGGAAUGUUGUGAGUGAUGGAAGGCUGGUGAGAGACUCUGGAGGCCUACAAAACGCUCAGUUUGGCAUCCGGAAAGAUGGCACCAUGGUGUUCGGUUACCUGUCUGAGGAAGAUGUCCUGGAUCAAUCCAACCCUUUUGUGCAGCUUGUGAGUGGGGUGGUUUGGCUCCUGAGAAACGGAGAGGUGUACAUCAACCAGAGUCGGGCGGCCGAGUGUGGUGACACUCAGACCACAGGAACCUUUGACAGGUUCAUCAAUGUGAUCUCAGCCAGGACUGCCGUGGGACAUGACAGUCAGGGCCGGCUGGUCUUGGUUCACGUGGAUGGACAGACAGAAUCCAGAGGGGUCAACCUGUGGGAAAUGGCAGAAUUCCUGAAGCAGCAGGGAGUCAUCAAUGCUAUCAACCUGGAUGGUGGAGGCUCUGCCACGCUGGUCCUGAACGGGACCCUCGCCAACUACCCCUCUGAGCACUGCUCCUUUGACAGCAUGUGGCGGUGUCCCCGGAGCAUCUCCACCGUGGUGUGUGUGCACGAGCCGGGCUGCGACCCUCCUGACUGCAGUGGCCACGGGCUCUGCGUGGCCGGGCACUGCCACUGCGACGGCCACUUCUGGGCAGGUCCCGCCUGUGACACCUUGGACUGCGGCCCUGCCAACUGCAGCCUGCACGGCGUCUGCAGCACCUCUGGAUGCCUAUGUGACGCCGGCUGGACUGGCAGCAACUGCACUGAAGAGUGUCCCCUGGGCUGGUUUGGGCCGAGCUGCCAGAGCCGCUGUGCAUGUGACCACUCGUGUCCCUGUGACCCCGAGACGGGCAGCUGCAACAUCACCCACCACGGGGCACUGCAGGACCACUUACACAGAGCUGGGCAGUGUUUGGUUUCCCAGAAUAAGGAAAAGAGCAAAGAAAAAUUCUCUCUGUCAGAAGGCUCGUGGCUCUCCCUGAGCUCUGCCUUGGCCCUGGUGCUUCUGCUGAGUGCCCUGGGGAACGUGGGGCUGGUGCUGCGGGUGCGGGCACAGCGGCAGCACCGGGACUGGGACUAUCGCUACCACCCCCUGAGGGACAUCAACGGGGACACCUCGCACAGACCGCCCUCUGCUGCCUGGGACCGGGAGGAUAUUCAGGAGCCGGAGGACACUCGGGAACCCGAGGACACUCAGGACCCAAACCAAGAGCUCCUUUAGAGUCGUGGAUGGGAAGAGAUGAGGUAUUUCACUGUGCACCCCUGCACAGCCCCUCAGCACCAGCUGGGACUGGGGUUCUUCCCACUGGGAGUCUCAAACUGCUGCCUGAGGAACCUCAGCCCAAGAACUCCCCUGCUUGUGAGGCCAUGGUUUUCUUUUCCCUGCUGCUCCAGCACUCAGGACUGCAGCAUUAGGGGAUGCAGGACAUCCUCUGGGUGAGGGAAUUCCACAGCUGCAGCAGGAGAGGGCCUGGUUCCUUCCAAAACUUGAGGGAAACAGGUGAAGGAUGCAAGCUACGGUACCUCAGAAGGGUCCCUGUUCACCUGAGCAGUGCUGAGUAUUUUUAAGAUGCAAGAUAAAUCACCUCUAGUACAAAGCUGGGCUUAAGGGUAUUACAGUCAAUGUCUGCCCUUCCUUGCUAAGCUCAGAUUUUAAUCAGAAAAGUGACAAAACGUUUGUUCUAAAAUGUUGAAGCAGGCAAGCAGAGCCCUCCUCCCCUGGCCACGGUGGUGGCUCAGGGGUGACACCCAGGGUUGUGACAGCCCCGUGCAGGGCUGGAAUGUUUUCUGACCAAUCUUCAGCCCAGAGCAGCCCCAGAGGGUGAUGAGUGCUGUGUUUUGGGGCAGCUCGUACAGCACAGCACCACAGAAAGCCCUGUCAGGUCACAGGUUCCGUUUGUGCAUCGCUCCAGCUCCCCGGAGCUGAAGGGCCCUGCCCGGCUCCAUCAGCUGAGGGACCCCGGCCCUGACACAGCCCGGAGCUCCCCCUGUGGGGAGGAGCACGGACAGGGAGAGCCUGGCACGGCUGGCAUGACACAGACUGGGCUGCCCUGGCCCAGCUGGGCACUCCUCAGAGGGACCAGCAAGGGCCCCAGCCAAGCCAGGAUCCCGAACAGCUCGUCUGGAAACGUGGAGCACAUCCUUGCAGUUCCAUUAAACAGUGUUUGAGAUUGCUUCCCUGUGAGGGAAACCCAGCCUUGCAUGAGCCCCUUGGAUGCUGCAGAGGGGUGAGAGCCUGUCUGAGCCUCACACAUCUUUAUGCACUCCCUUUUUUACCUCUCCAAGUAAAGGAUGUGUAAUUUCUGUGCCAGUGUUGGCAUCCAAUCAGCCUGUAACCAAGAGACUCUAUUUUUCUAUGAUUUACAGAAGAUUAUUUGAAACUUGAAUAAAGUCUAUUAGUGCUA